GCUUUCCGCCUUACCGCGAUGGGUUACUUGACUCGGUCCAGUCGACGAGCUAAUUCUCAACCCGCGAAAACCGCGAAGCAGCGCAAGCUUCUAGAACCCAAAUCGCGUCCAAAACGCGCUGAUUCUGCGCACUCGGGCAAUGCGCCUUUAAGUGAACACGAAAAGUCCCGUGAGACUGCAUGGGAGGACCCCCCGGUCGCACGCGCGCGCCCGACUGAGGCCGAUGCCGAUUCCACCAAAGACAAGAACCCCAUCUAUACCAUGAAACCGAUCGGCCAAUAUCCAUCUCCCGCAGAGUAUAAAAGCGUUGGCUUGAAGCCGCCUCCUAAGCAUGUCCGCAAGGUUGCCAGGUGGGUGGCGGACACCGAUGAGGAGGACGAGGACUUCAUGACCGACACCCCUAUCACACCAACUGCGGAGGACACUAUGGUGUCUGGUGUCUCACGUGUGGAUAAAAGAGACGAUCGAUUCUCAGGGGGGGUAAAUCCGGUGGCACUGAAGAGUUCCAUCGAAAAAAUCGUCGGAAGGGAUUUGGGGGUGAAUGCGAAUGGAGUGAAUGAUGAAGUGAAUGGAGACGCAGAUAAAACGAACCUUGCCACUCCAGUUUCCGAGUCGUUUGAUUUACAUCUUCUUCCUCCUUCGACUACUCAUCCUUCCCUUUCUCCUGCAGAAACCCCCGUUCAAACUCCAGACGAGAUCACGACUGACCCGAUCUUGCCUGUUUCCGACUCUCUUCUUUCCGCACCCGACCCGGUAACCCCCUUAAACCAAACACAAUCUCCCCCAGCUACGACCAUCGCAGAUGCCAGCAUGGCUUCAGAAGCGAUCAAGUCUACUGGCCUCAAUCUCGUCGCUCUGUUAAAUUCUGUUGAACAGCCAACUUCCGACGUCUUUGACGUGCCUCAGCUCAAAAAGGUCAUAACGACCGCUGUUUCCCACUCGAAAGAGAUCGGAGAUGAAGAGGUUGCGCUCAGUCUUGUCUAUUUCUGGUCUGAUGUGAAAGAUGACGAGUUCAAGAUGGCACUGAUUCACAAUAUCGGCGUUGAGCCCGCUAAUCCCAUACUUGAACUUGCUUUGCGUACAACUCUACGUCAUUCUGUCACAGAGGCCCGGCAAUGGUACCAGGAUAUCAACGCCAACAGCGCUGUCCGUGCAAAGUGUCACUCUAACUACGAGUCAGAUAGCGGUUCCAGCUUAUCUUCUGCAAAGUCUGUUGUGGCUGAGCCGGGAAAGUCGUCUUUCAAAGUUUCUGACAUCUACCGUGAUACCAGUGGCCCCAAACUUGAGGAGUCAUUUGUGAAUGGCAAGACAAACACUGCGCCUUACAAACGGCCCAAGAAACCGGUUCGUGUCCACGAAAACUCCUUCAAGCGUCGGUACGAGUGGGAAAACGACCCCACCAUGAGUGAAAUUAUACGCACCAAACGUGCACGCUUUGCCAAAGAUGCUCCAAGCGAAGAAGUUCCUGCGAUGCCUAGUUCGAUCCGCCCCGAUCUUCCAGGUUCAGAGAUUCAGUCCGUCAACCCGGUUGAGGAAGACAUUGACGUGCCUCCUGCAGACAUCUCCCCUCGCUCCAAGCGUAUGCAGGAUCGUCAGAACAAGCAGGAAAAAGGCAAGAAACAGGGAAAAGGCAAGGGCCCACAGAAAGGAAAAACGAAGUCCAAAUCUCCUUCAGAUGCGCCUACUCAGUCAUCAUUCUCCUCAGAUACCGCUACCCAUGCACCAGUGUCAUUAGUCUUUCCGAAGGAUAAUUGGAGUGCUAACUGGCCUGCCCGCCGCCGGCCUGACUCGAUUGAUAAUGAUGGUGAAAACGUUGACAACUGCACUUUUUGCGGUGGGGGUGGCAAGUUACUGUGCUGUGACACCUGUCAAAAUGCUUUCCAUUUCAAAUGUAUCAAGUCUCCCAACAAGACAUCGCUCAAGGAUGAUGAGUGGUUCUGCCCGAAGUGCGACACCAAACAUGAAUUCACCUUCACCAUCCUCGACGGCAAGGUUGUCCCGAGAAACGAGUUCAAUCCUCCCACCGAAAUCAAAGAAUACUUUGAAGGUGUCGGUGAAGCAUUCCAGUAUGAUCCUGAUCAUCCGAGCGACUUGAAUAACCAGCGCUACUACCAGCCUGUUCCCCACAUUCCACGUCUGACUAAGCCAGCGAAGCCUGGAACCUUGACACCGGCAUACAACGAUCCCAACCUGAUCAAGCUGAUGGAAAAUGGGCAUGUGAUUCUAUGCACCAAAUGUGGCAGAUCUUCGGACAACGAGCGUCCCAUUAUCAGAUGUGACUACUGUACAUGUCGCUUCCACCUGGACUGUCUUGAUCCUCCCCGCGCCUGCCCCCCUAACCCAGCCAACCCCCACGGCUGGAUGUGUCCUAACCACGUCACACCUGAGGAUAUGAUCGCCAAAAAAGUUGUCAACGGCCAGGUGCAAGAGCGCCGUGUCCGUCGUCCCCGCAAUCUUCUAUUGAUUGACGCGGAACCUAUGACAACCUAUGACAAGGACUCUACUUUUGACGAGGACUGGCGCGGGGACCGCCUUCGUUUCCCUCCUGGAGAUUUGAUCCAGGACUUUGUCUCCGCUGUUAAAGAAGACCGCAAAAAGCUCAACGACGAUUACAUCGAUCGUAUGACGAAGCGCAUGGUCGCCGUUACUACGAUGGCAAUCAAAGACUUGGCAGCCAGAAAUGGUGGCAUUCCUUCCCAGGCUUGGUUCAAUAGUUUUGAAUCUCUUUGCAAGACUGAGGCCCGUCGUAUUCGACGUUUCGAACGUCCUGAUGAAGAGGCCGAUGCUGCACACUGUCUCCUUAACCUGGCAACUAGUGCUCCAGCACAGUCCAGCCCCCUUGACAACUCUCAAUCUGAGCAGACAGUCGAAGACUCAAAGUCACCUCUUGAGGCUAAAGAGAAGUCCCCUGCUACGGAGACUGUCUAG